AUGGAUAUGAGUGGAUUUUCGAGAGACUCUUCACCCAAUCAACAAAAACGCUUUUCUACUGGUUUAAAAAUCUUCCAAAGCUAUGCGGAAUCAAGUAAUGAGCCAAAUGCUUAUAAUCAACUCGUUAAUUUUUGCCAAAAUGGAGAUUUUAAUGAAUUUCAGCAAGUGACACCUCCGAUGGCUGAAAAUUGUAGCAAUUGCUCUAUUUAUUUGGAGCAAAUCAACAGUUUACACCAAGAAAAUGAUCUUCUGACACAGCUAGUCGGCAAUCUCCGAAAUCGCAUACGAGACACUCAAGCUGUCAGUACAUUAAGUCAAAAAUUCGCUAAUACUACCAUUGGAGGAGAAAUCGCGCGACAUCAAAUUACUAAUGGUGAAAUGGUUGGUACUUCACCCUUGACUUAUAAGCCAAAAGAAUUCGAUGCAAGGGAGAGCAAAAUCAUAAUCACAAGAUUGACUUCUGAGUUGGAGUUUUUCAAAGCUUUGAACGCUAACACUGAGCUAUGUUGGCUGAAGAAAUUCGAAGAUGCUAAAGCUGACAACCUAAAAAUUACGAAAAAUUUGGAAGAUGCUCUAUUGAUGAGUCAAGAAACCAUCUGUCAGUUAGCUAAAGAAUUAGAAAAUACCAACGCUGAGAAACAAGCAGCUAUCAAUAAGAUGUCCAGUGAAUUAUUCUGUGUUCAAUCCGCUGAGCAUGUUAAGAUAACUGCUCUGACCAAAGAAUUUGUCGACUUUAAAGCAAGCAAAGAAGGCGAGAUAGAUGAUCUAAAGGACACUAUAACUGAUCUAAACGAGAAAUUAGAUAAAAGUAAAGAUGAAAUCUCCAAUCUUGAAAAGGAAAUUGAGGAAUUGAAAUCUCAACACCAGAAGACUAUUGACGAAUUAAACCAAAAGCUUGACCAAGCAGAAGAGGAAAAAAAGGUCAACCAAAACCACACCAGCAAUUUGCUUAAAGAGUUGACCAUGACCAGACUCAAUUGUCAGAUAACAAUGUCUAAAUUAACCAAAGAAAUGGAAAAGGAGCAUAAUGGAAUACCAGAGUAG